AUGGGAUGGGAGCGCCAGUCCUCUGGCGAGGGCGUCCGUCCAGAGAAGUGUCGGAAAUGCUUCCUGACGGACUUCCCGGAACUGAUACCCAACGAUGCCGUGUGCAGGACUGAAAGUAAUGACACGCUCGACCUGGUGAUGCUCGUGCUGACCACGCACUCAGCUGUGGAAAGGCGGCAGGCCAUUCGCCAGACGUGGGCGUCCUUCACCCAAAACAACACGGCGGCCAAACUACGUCACGUCUUUCUGCUGGGAAGGUCACGUGAUGCCCGGCACAUGCGCAGUGUGCAGGAGGAGCAGGCUAAGUAUGGCGACAUCGUCAUGCAUGACUACAUCGACAGCUACGGGAACUUGACGCUGAAGACGCUGUCGGGCUUCCACUGGCUGCUCAAAAAUUGUCCUAAUAUCAGAUUCUUCCUCAAAGUUGACGACGACGUGUGGAUGAAUGUUCCGACCCUGCUCAAUCUGCUACAAACGAAGGAUACAGAACUGCAGACGGCAAUCGGGGGAACCUGUUUCCACAAAAUCGAGCCCAUCCGCAACAAUGCUUCCAAGUGGUAUGCCUCGUUUGAGUCGUACCCGCACCCGCACUACCCCGCUACUGCUCGGGUCCGGCCUACACCAGCUCCCUCAGGUGGCGCGCAGUGUGGUGCGAGUGUCACCGGAUGUACCCUUCUUCCACCUGGAGGAUGUGUACAUAGCACUGUGCAUGAGAGAGUAUGGAGGCAACUUCGUCUUGAACCUCGAGGGUUUCAACCCACGAGUAUGGAAACAAAUGCAUGCUGCGUGGAGCGGAAACGGUGACUGUACACAGGGUAUCGGCGAUAAAACUGAUGAAGAUCUGGUCGGCGAAGUGUCCGUGACACACGACUGUGAGACUUCCGGUGGGCAAUAUUGUAUUUUUGGGUGGAUCAAAGGUUCUUGGCAACAUAACAGAAACAUAUUUUUGAUUAUUCAAAACAAAGAAUAGCCCUGUGCCACAAGCUGGGUCACACGGUGCCAACAAAAGCCUGAAAAAUGUCUUCAAGGGAGGGAAACAGAGAAUUGCGAAAUACGCUACACAACGUGUUACGUCCCUUGACCACGUCGUCUGCAUUGGACUGUUUGUGGCAACUUAGGAUACCUAGAACACUAGCUAGACAGGUUUUUUGGUGAGGUCAACCGUUCCUUCCUGAGUGCAUCUAACGAAUCACAUUCCAGGUCGUCUGUCCUGUAGUGGUCUAUCCAAUAUGAACAAA